AUGAGAGCUACCGUACUGCUGUGCUUGCUGGGGGCCGCUCUGGCCAAUGAAUUCAGCUGGAAUAGCCCUGGAGAGACAACAAAGGACCCCAAAACAGAGAACUUGUGUCUGACGGACCAGGCCUCCUGCGGCUGCUGCCUGAUGCAGAAGCAGAUGUGGAGGAUGGAGCAGUUCUUCAACAUGAGUCUGAAUGAGCUGCAGAGGGGCCUGGAGAAGGCAAAGGCUGUGCUCAACAACGUCCGUGCUAGCCGCAGUGCCUUCUCCAUGGCCCUGACCAAUACACGCCGUUGCGAGGGCCCCUUCCGUGAAGCUAAGACCAUCGUCUACCAGCACAUCUUCAUCAACCUGGGCGAGGGCUACAACAACCGCACUGGCAUCUUCACUGUGCCCCGCUCCGGUGUCUACAGCCUGGCACUGACCGUGUACAGUGACUCGGGCGCCCCCAGUGCCAAUCUGGCCGCCUGCGCCAUUCUGAUGGUGAACGGGCGCCAGGUGGCGGGCUGCAGCGAGCAGAACCAGCAGGACCAGGAGGACAGCACCAGCACGGUGAUGGCCGUCCAGCUGCAGGCCGGGGACAAGGUGUUCGUCACCCUGCCCAUCGGAUGCUUCCUGUGCGACGACCAGAGCCACUACAACACCUUUUCCGGCUUCCUGCUCUAUGCCAUCGACUAAGUCUAAGCUGAGGCUACCGCACCCCACCACCUUCGCCCUGUCUUUAACUCCUUUGCCCAGUCCUGCUUCUGGAAAGGAACUUGGAGCUGGUCUUCAGGCUCUGUGAUGAGAGUUUGAUCAGGGGCCAGCUCCUCUAGUGAAUGUCAAUCAGAACCCCAUCCAUCCUUCCAGUACCAGAACUAGGCUCCCCCCCAGC